GCAACUCCCUCCGUUUUGUUGUGUUUUUAUCUGCAGGUUUCACCCAGCAUUAAACGGAGAUAAAGCUUUAAUUAAGUUUACAAAGGGGUACUGCAAGGACCCAGCAUAGCCCCGCUCAAAUAAGGCCCAAAAAAAUGUCCAUCUUCAAGGCGCGAGUCAAGGAAUUUGAGGACGUUUUGACGGGGCCACAGGACUUAAUUGACCUGAAACAACUCAGGAAACUGGCAUUUAAUGGUGUGCCCGACGUGCAGAGUUUUCGAGCACUCAGCUGGAAGCUGCUCCUUGGCUACUUGGGGCCCAGGCGCAGUAGCUGGACCACGACCUUGGCCCAAAAGCGAGCGCUGUACAAACAGUUCAUCGAGGAGCUGGUUUUGCCACCAGGGCACGCGAGCAAUGGCGGUGGCGUAGACGGAGGAGAUGGGGACAAAGUCGAUUCGGGGGGCGUUGGCCUGCAAGAUCAUCCGCUAAGCGAGGGACCCGAGAGCGCGUGGAACACGUUCUUCAAUGACAACGAGUUCCUACUGCAAAUCGACAAGGACGUGCGGCGCUUGUGUCCGGACAUAUCCUUUUUCCAGCAGCCCACCGAUUAUCCCUGCGAGAUUGUGGUUCACAGCAAAGGAGAGCACGGACGUAGACUCCACGAACGCGUGGUUCCCGCCGUUCUUAGUUCCGCGAAUGUGGAACGCAAAGGCCUGGGCAUGACAAAGCAGCAAAUAAAUUUGAUUACAAAACGCUCCGUUGAAAACUAUGCCGCCAUGGAGGAGGGCCAAGAAGCUCACUGGGAAGUUGUGCAACGCAUUUUAUUCAUCUAUGCCAAACUGAAUCCCGGCCAGGGAUAUGUCCAGGGCAUGAACGAAAUCGUGGGACCCAUUUACUAUGUUAUGGCCUCCGAUCCUGAUCUUUCAUAUCGCGCCCACGCUGAGGCUGAUUGCUUCUUCUGUUUUACCGCCCUGAUGAGCGAGAUAAGAGACUUUUUCAUUAAAACAUUAGACGACGCGGAAGGCGGCAUCAAGUUCAUGAUGGCCAGGCUAUCGAAUAUGCUGAAAUCAAAAGACCCAAGCAUUUACGAGCUGCUUAGAAGCCAAGAGCUGCAUCCGCAGUACUAUAGCUUCAGGUGGCUCACACUGCUCCUCUCGCAGGAGUUUCCAUUGCCGGAUGUACUGCGCAUUUGGGAUUCCGUUUUUGCGGACGAACAGCGUUUUGAUUUUCUGAUCAAAAUAUGCUGUUCAAUGAUACUAAUCCAAAGGGACGCAAUUUUGGAAAACGACUUCGCCUCGAAUGUGAAACUCCUGCAAAACUAUCCGCCAAUUGAUAUUAAUGUUGUGAUUGCUCAUGCCGGUUCAUUGGCGUAGCAGUUCUCUGGGAAAGAAGAAUCCUUGUGCCCAAAUGCUUGCAAAGCCCCCUUAGUUUAUCAACUGAAAGAACCAAGCAAUCAACUAUAUUUUAGUUAGCAGCUAUCUUCGAAACGCACCCUUACAGGAAAUCCAAUAAGUACACGCAUUCACUUUUUUACAUGACUUAUAAUUUGUAUGUCAUUAAUAAACGAAAUAAUUUUAA